AUGCAUUCAACAACCAAUCGUGUGCAGGGCGUAUUCGGCUUCUUUACAACAGUAGCAGCUUUUGUCGCUGGAUUUGCUGCUUUAUCAGUUCUAUUGCAUCCUGCGACGGAUGUUACGUCGAGUGUGGACUUGACGAGUGUCCACGUUGUCCGAGGUAGACCUCAUUACUACUCCUCCAAACGAGAAGAAUAUGCCCGAAUCGAAUUCGAUCUUGAUGCAGAUUUCUCGCCGCUAUUCAACUGGAACACAAAACAGCUCUUCGUCUACGUCCUAGUCUCUUACCCUGCGUCGUCGCCUUCAAGCGAAAACCCUCGCAACUCGGAAGCUAUCAUCUGGGACAUGAUCAUCCCGGCACCCGAAUCGCCAUACUCCUUCUCCCAUCUCAAAGAGCGCUUCUUCCCAUCGACCUCAAAAUCAAGCACCAGCAAACUCUCCAAGAAGACGAAUAACAAGAAAAAGCAGCAGCAAACAAAACCCGAAAAAACAGGCGUCCUGCACCUCCGCAACCAAAAAUCAAAAUACCAAAUCACAGAUAUCUCCGGCAAGCUCGCUGAGCGCGAGAAUGUCACUUUAACUGUGGGCUGGAACGUGCAGCCCUGGGUCGGAGCAUUGUUGUGGAGUGAAGGAACUGGCGCGUGGCCCAGUACGGAGGGCCAGGUUGGACGGAGUCAAUCAUUUGUUUUACCAGCUGUGAAGACGAAGUCAUCUACGAGCACGAAGUCGCGGGCUACGGAUAUUUGA